CUUGAUCAUUUAUAUCCAUAUCGAAUUGUUGGAUGGCAUACAAAGAGGAGUUUUUUAAAGUCUGUCUUUAAACGGCUGUACAAAAACUCCAGCAGAGAACAUGGCACAUUGAGAUACUUUCGGGAAGUGCUUAACAGAAGAAAUGUGACAGUUGACAUCAAGCACUACGAACACUGUGAGCAGUUCUUCAUGAGUGUUGGUCACUGUUAUCUGAUUGAAGCACUGCUUCAGUUCUUCAAGAUGGAAGAUAUUAAAGGGUUGCCAAAAGAGAACGAUCCUUUUCUCCAUCACAAUGAAAGUGAUGAAGAAAAGAAGGCCCAUGUUUUAGAAGUACUGGACAAGUUUGUUCAACAGUUUCUUUGUCCAACUGAUGUUGAUGACAGUACUGACUCUUUAGAUGAUGACAGCACUACCUCAGAUGGUGUAUUUAAUUAUGCACUCAACCUAUUGAAGUCAUUUAUGGUUCUUCUGGAUUGCAAGGAUGCUGUAGCUUCUGGAAAUGGUGAGCAUUUGGCCACAAUCCAGAAACAGAUGUUAUUCUAUUUCUCAUCUGUUUCUGGAUAUAAUGUUUAUGCCAUUGAGAUGCUUAUAUUUACCAUCCAGAAUGAAAUAUUGUUAUCACCUCGAGAAGCACAUCAGUGUAAGUGGGCAGCUUUGGCUAACUGGAGCGGAGGUAAAGACAAAAACAUAGAGAUUGAUUUAUUACAGGAAAACCGGAAUGCAGAUCUCAAAGGGCUUAUUCGGAUGAUGGGGGCCAACAAGACAGAGAAAGCCAUUGGGAGGAUGAGUAAAGCUGCUGGAGGGGUACGUAAGAUCGUUGAUGUGUUCGACGAACAGGCAUCCAUUAGACGUAAAUCUUCAGCCCAUUCCCAUCGGUCAUCGUCUGAAGAUGAGAAUAAAAUCUCCUCAGAUUUGCACAAAUUAAAGCCCUUCGCUUUCCUGGGUGGUCGAUCUCACUCUUCAUUUGUGGGGAUUUCUUCAGACCCAUUGGAAGAUUUAAAUGAAGAAGCGUUUUGUGAAUGGCUUAAGCGACAUCAAAGGAAUAUUGCAUUGCAUUUCCCAACAGUUGAAGAAGCACCUACUGUACAUGCAGAUGCAGAGGAUGAUGAACAAAGUGAGGAUUUCAGUGAACUAAUGCACUCGCUAUUAAUUGAUGACGUCACAGAUGAUAUCUAAAACAACACUAAAUUGCCAUUACCCAUAUAUAGUCUGAAGGAACAUUUGCCUGUUCCCUCUACUGUCUUUCUCUACUAUUUCUGAAUGUUUUCACUUGUUUAUGUUGAAUAACCUUGAACAUCAAUUCCAAAUUAUUAAUGUUCAAUGUUAUCAUCAAGUAAGAGUAAUUGUCUUUGUACAAGUUAUUGUCUUUCCCAGCAAAGCUCACUUUGAAGAGAAUUUAUUGAUUUAAAGUGAGACUGGUGGUAAAGAUAAAAUCAUAUAACAGAAAGUCCACAUGAGUUCUCCUGUCCCCAAUCUGGUGCAGCAAAAUUGCUACAAAAAUUAUACUAAAGUCAAAUUUUAAUGUAUAUGUGUGCAUUCUGUAAAUGAUUUAUGUAAAUAUCUGUAAAUAAUGUUUAAAAGUUCAUUUGGGAAUCAUGUAAAUUUUUGUAUAUAUAAUA